UUCAAUUAUUAUUCAAAGCACGCACUCCACAGAAGGAGGACACAGUCUCGCUUCUUUCGCUCUGCAAUUUGCCAACCAACCUCAAACACUCGCCAAAUGGCUUUCAAGCUCGUUGCUCUGGUUUCCUGCUGCCUGGCAGCCGUGUGCGCUGGACUUAUUCCUGUGGAGCAGCACGAGCAGCAUCCCCAUCUGUACCAGGCCCACCAGCCCCAGCAUGUGAUCUACCAAAAGCAGCAUGAGAUCCACCCCCACGGCCACGAGGUCUAUCCCGAUGACCCUCAUCCCAAGUACAACUUCGCCUACGAUGUGCAGGAUGCGCUCUCCGGGGACUCGAAGAGCCAGGUGGAGUCCAGGGAUGGGGAUGUGGUGCAGGGAGAAUACUCCCUGGAUGAUGCCGAUGGCUUCCGCCGUACUGUAAAGUACACCGCCGAUUCCGUUAAUGGAUUUAAUGCCGUUGUCCACCGCGAGCCCCUGGCCCAUGUGCACCACAAGGUGGUGGCUGCUGCUCCUGUUCAGUACCACCACGCCCCUGCCGCACCAGCUGCCGUCAUCAAGAGCUAUGCCUCCCCCUCCCAGGCCUAUGUCGCUCCCACCUACGCAGCCCCUGCCUACAGCCCCGCCUACACCACCCACCAGGCUGAGCAGCCACAGGAGCAGGAGCACCAGCAGCACCACUACGCCAGCUACGAGUCACCCGCCCACUCCCAGGCCGCCCACGAAGGUCAUGAGUACUACCACCACCAGUAAGGGGUUUCCAGCCACAGAUCACCUGACAAGCGAAAGUAUUAUUAUCGUGCAUCCCAUUAUGAGAACUCAUUUAGCUCAUUAACCUAGUUCUGUUGAUUAGUCGUAACCUGUUUGUAAAUAUUCUCAAUAAAACUUUCACAUAUCUAUGUAA